AUGAGCUGCAGAGGAGGGGCCAAGCAGCGGGAAAACAGACCUGCCAGUGACCCUGCAUAUGAUUUAGGGAAUGGUGCAUACCAGGAGAUGAAAGCAGAGGUUACUGAGGUUCCAGCAUCCCAACUCAUUCCUGAAGGAAGUCCCAACUUCACAGGCUGUGGAGAGCUGCAGUCAGUCGGAGACCCCGUGUUGCACAAGAAGGCUGACAGUAUCACAGGGAAGUAUGGAGUGUGGCUGCAGGACCCCGAGCCUCAGGGUCCCAAUUACAACAACAAGACCGUGUGGCGUAUCGACACAGUGGGUAAAGAUGUCCGUCAGGUCUUUGCGUAUGAAGACAUGGAUCAGUUAUCCCAAGGCUUCCCUAUGAAGGUCCUGGUCCUGCCGGAGCCAAUGGAGAGCACAGGUGCCACCAUGUACCGUGGCUCCCUUUAUUACCAGCGCAAACACAGCCGCAGCCUGAUCCGUUACGACCUGACCUCCGAGCGCCUGGCCUCCCGCCUGGAGCUGCCUCAUGCCGGCUUCCACGGCCAGCACCCUUACUCCUGGGGCGGCUACACCGACAUCGACCUGGCGGCAGACGAGCAGGGUCUUUGGGCGAUCUACAGCACCAACAAGGCAAAGGGGGCAAUUGUGAUUUCCAAGCUCGACCCCGAGAGCCUGGAGGUGAAGAGGAGCUGGGAGACCAACAUCAGGAAGAACACAGUGGCCAACGCUUUCAUAGUGUGUGGACGCCUGUACACCGUGGGCAGCUACACCGCGCCCAACACCACCAUCAACUAUGUGUUCGACACGGCCACCGGCAUGGGGAGGGCUCUCUCUAUGCCCUUCAAGAACAAAUUCCGCUACAACAGCAUGGUGGACUACAACCACGCCCAGAGGAAGCUGUUUGCUUGGGACAACUUCCACAUGGUCACCUAUGACAUCAGACUGGGGAAAGCGAGUAACAGCAGCAGCUAAAGACUAAUGGCUGUUUACAGGACUGUGCUCAUGCAAGUGAAUGAGAUAAGACAUGAUAAAGUUGCAUUGUACUGAGGUUACUGCAAAACUUAGUAUGUUUUGCAUUACUAAAAUAGUGUUUUGUUUUUUUUGUAAAUAAGAUCUAUCAUGGCAAUGAAAAUCUUAUCUUAUUAUUA